CCACCAGUCCUGCCAGGCCGCCAUUUUUGCACAGAGAGAGCAGGCUACAGAGGAUCUGGUUUCCUACAGUCGCUAGGUAGGUAGGGCAGUUUUUAACGGUUCGGAACUGACCCGCGAGUCAACCGUUUGGACCCGCAGUCCCCCCCGCGGACCCAGAGGCGUGUGACGGGAGGAGAGCAGCGGGAAGGCGCCCCAGACCCCCGUUAGAUAGCCGGGCUGAGGGUCGCAGUGUGUUGAGCAGCAGUCUUGUUUUGGUUCUGGAGGCUGGGUGGACAGUGACGGGCUUCUCUCCCACGGCCCCCAGUUUUUUUAUUCAACUUUUCUAUAGUGGACAUUAGCGGCCUUGUGGAUGCACUUAGAUGUCUGCAAUGAGUGCUGUGGCUGACAUGCCUCAGUGUUUUGGACUCCCAUGCUCUGGACCCAGCAGUAGAAGAACUGACCAGAGAACGUCAUGAGCAUAGGCAUCCCAGUGGGGGUGGACCAAGCAGACACCGCGUACCUGGACAUGGCUGCAGGCUCGGAACCUGAAUCAGUGGAGGCCAGCCCUGUGGUUGUGGAGAAGUCCAGCUACCCUCACCAGAUCUCCAGUAGCAGCUCCCACCACUCCCACAGCUACAUUGGCCUGCCCUACGCUGACCAUAACUAUGGGGCACGCCCUCCUCCCACGCCCCCCGCCUCCCCGCCCCCCUCCAUGCUGAUCCGGCCCGGCGAGGGGGGGCUGUUUGUGCCGGGGGCCCAGGACGAGGCCUCCCGCGGGACCACGCUCAGCACAUCUGAGGACGGCAGCUACGGAGCCGACAUCACCCGCUGCAUCUGCAGCUUCACUCACGACGACGGCUACAUGAUCUGCUGCGACAAGUGCAGUGCAUGGCAGCACAUCGACUGCAUGGGCAUCGAUAGGCAGAACAUCCCAGAGACGUACCUGUGUGAGCGCUGCCAGCCCCGGCCCCUGGACCGCGAGCGGGCCAUCCUGCUGCAGACCCGCAAGAGGGAGUGCCUGUCUGGAGUGUAUCUUGAUCUAGAUGGGGACACCAGCGCCACGGAGAGCGGCGAUGAGGUGCCGCUGGAGCUCUACUCGGCCUUCCAGCACACGCCCACCUCCAUCACCCUGACGACCGGGCGCCUUGGCAACAAGCAGAUCGACAAGAAGCGCAAGAGGAGCGGCGACAAGGAGCCGCCCGCCGCCUCGGCUCGGGCCAAGAAGGCUUUCCGUGAAGGCUCCAGAAAAUCUUCCAGAGUAAAGCCGACCUUUGACCCCGCGCAGGGCGGCACCUCCCCGGAGCUGGAGCUGUCGGAGCCCCCCUCGCUGUGGGAGAACAAGAUCAAGGCCUGGAUGGAGCGCUACGAGGAGGCCAGCAGCAACCAGUACAGCGAGGACGUCCAGGUGCUGCUCAGGGUCAAGGAGCAGGGCGACGGCAAGAGCCUCGCCUACAACACGCACCCGGCCUCCUUCAAGCCCCCUGUGGAGAGCCAGGUGCAGAAGAACAAGAAGAUCCUGAAGGCAGUGAGGGACCUGGCACCGGACUCCCUCAUCAUCGAGUACCGCGGGAGAUUCAUGCUGCGCCAGCAGUUUGAGGCCAAUGGGUACUUCUUCAAGAGGUCAGGGGUCACUCUGUUCUCCAAGAGGCCGUACCCCUUCGUGUUGUUCUACUCCAAGUUCGACGGGCUGGAGAUGUGCGUCGACGCCCGCAGCUUUGGCAACGAGGCGCGCUUCAUCCGGCGGUCUUGUACCCCCAACGCUGAGGUGCGUCAUGUGAUCGAGGACGGCAUGCUGCACCUGUACAUCUACUCUCUGCGGCCAAUCGGCAAGGGCACCGAGAUCACCAUCGGCUUUGACUUCGACUACAGCAGCUGUAAGUACAAGGUGGACUGUGCGUGUGUGAAGGGGAACCCAGAGUGCCCGGUGCUGAAGCACAACCUGGAGCCCAUCGAGAACCUGGGCUCAGGGAGCCGGCGGCGGGCCGGGGGCCGCAAGGACAAGGACCCGACGCGGGAGGACCUGGGGCAGAACCAGAACCUGGGGCUGGACGGCGAGGGCAAGGUGAAGGCGCUGGGCUGCGGCGGCGUGGGGGUCAGCGACGGCAGCAAGCAGAGGAAACUCUCGCCGCUCCGCCUCUCCAUAUCCAACAACCAGUCUGUAGCCAGACUGAUUGAGCCUCCGCUAAAGCUCUGGCCCUCUGCCCUCCCCUUCCAGGACCCUGAGUUAUAUGAGGAUCUAGAAGACAAAACCUCCGUUAGCAAUGAAGUAGAGAUGGAGUCAGAGGAGCAGGUGGCAGAGAGGAGGAGGAAGAUGGCCUGCCCCCUGGAGCAGUCCCACCUGGCCGUCGGGCCCGCCCCCAGCUGGAAGGGAGGGCGACCAAAGGAGACCCGGGAGGAGAGGAAGAUGGAGGCCAUCCUCCAGGCCUUCGCCCGCAUGGAGAAGAGGGAGAAGCGGCGAGAGCAGGCCCUGGAGAGGAUCGGGGGCACCAAGCCGGAGAUGGGGGCUCAUGGCAUCAAGGAGGAGCCCCCCGCCACGCCCGAGACAGCCGACUCCCCGUCCGUCAUGCAGCAGCACGAAAUGGUCUGCUCCCAGCCCUUCCUGGAGAUCAAAGAGGAGCCGGGGCUCCUGAAGCCCGCCAAGGUCAAAGGUCACCGCAACAGGAAGAGCUUCUCGCGCAACCGCACGCACAUCGGCCAGCAGCGGCGGCGAACGCGCACCAUCAGCGCCUGCUCCGACGUGCCGCCCAGCUCCCCCGCCGACGGCCUCGGGGAGCCGCUGGGGGGGGAGGCGCCCGAGGGGGAGGAGCCGCCCCUCUCCCACCUGGAGCCCGAGGCCGACGCCCCCUUCCCCCCGCCGCCCGACACUAGCCCCGCCCACAGCAGCUCCCCCGCCCCCGAACGCCACCGCUCCGCCCACAAGAACUUCAAAACUAAAAAGCAGCACUUUGUGAGCGACUGGGUGGGGGACAAGCAGCCCGAGCGGGGCCUGGCCCGGACCCCCGAGCCGGUCCCCGAGCGGCCCCUCCGCAUCAGCAGCGACCCGGAGGUGCUCGCCACGCAGCUCAACGCCUUACCGGGGAUGGCGUGCUCGCCGCAGGUGUACAGCACGCCCAAACACUACGUCCGCUUCUCCUCGCCCUUCAUGGCCAACCGCAGCCCCGGCACGCCCGGCGUCCCCACCGGCCGCCGGCGCUCGCGAGAGCUGCCCGAGACCCCGCCCACCACCGGCUCCUGCAAGAAGCGCUGGCUGAAGCAGGCUCUAGAGGAGGAGGGCUCCACCAGCCCCAUACGACGCCCCGGCCUGCUGAUGCCCACCGAGGGUCCGCUGAGCCCCCCCAUCAACGGAGACUCUGACAGCCCCCUCCCUUACAACGGCGGCUGCUGCUUACCAGCAGAGCUGCCGACUCCUCUGAAGAAGCGGCGCCUCACCCAGCUGGACUGCUGCCUCUCCGAGAGCUCCACCCCCUACGGCUCCCCCUGCGCCACGCCCACCCGGUUCGACCAAUCCGAACCCUGCCUCACGCCUUCCUUGCUGGCGACCCCGCCGCGACCCCGCACAGAGGAGACCACCGUGGAGAUCCUCCCCAGAACCCCCACACAGGCACUUGUCACCCCGCAGGAGGUAUGUCCGCUGACGCCCCGCCCACACGCCCCCGCCUACAGCCUGCCCCAGCCGCCCUGUGAUUGGUCCGUCUGUUCGCAGAGCGAGUCUUCGGUAGAGAGCUCGCCGGAGGCCGUUCGCAGACCCAGCACCCAGGAGGCGGAGCGUCCCCCCUCGUUGCUGGCCCCUCCCUGCGUGGCCGCCCCCGUCCCGGACACGCCCCCACCGGAGGACCUGCCCUCGGCCCCCCUGAGCCCCCAGACCCCGGUCCCGGAGCCUUCGGAGCCAGUGGGCGUCCCGGAGGACCAGUCGGACGGCAGGGCCGCGGCGGAGCCCGCCGCCGCCACCGCCGCCGCCGCUGUCGUCGUUGUCGUCGAAGCCCCUCCCCCCUCCUCAACCGCGGCGGAGGUCCCCCCCCCCACCUCCUCCACCUCCUCGUCGUCCGCCUUCCCCGUCUGGCUGAAGAGCCCGGAGAGGGCCCCCGGCGCCGGGCCCCCGGGGCUCACCUUCUCCCCGGUCAACUCCAACCUGCGGGACCUCACCCCCUCCCACACGCUGGAGCCCCUGGUCUCCCCCUUCCGGCCCGAGGCGGGCGUGGCGGCCGGCGCCCCCGUGGUGGUGGUGGUGCCCCCCGUGGUGGGGGGCCCGGCGGUGGCCCCCGCGGCGGUGGCGGUGGUGGUGGUGGGGGCGGUCGCCGUGCCGACGGCCUUCGUCGAGGCCCCCUGUCAGCUGUUCUACCCCGGGCCCGAGGAGCAGAGCGGGCUGGCCUUCUCCCGCUCGCUCAGCGGGGAGGGGGCGCUGGACCCGGGGGGGUCGGCGCUCAACCCACCACAGAAGAAGAAGGUGUCUCUGCUGGAGUACAGGAAGCGGCAGCGCGAGGCGCGGCGUAGCGGCGGCUCCAAGACGGACUGCGGCUCCCCCGUCUCCUCCCUGGCGCCGCUGGGCGUGGCCGACGUGUUCCCCGUCGCCACGGAGACCGCCAGCGAAGCCCCGCCCCCGCCGCCUCCUCCUCCUCAGCCCACGAUUCCCGCGGCGGCCGUCUCCUCCUCGUCGUCCUCGCUCCCGCCGCCCGCCCUGAAGGAGCCUCCCGCGGGGGAGGAGGGGGAGGGCCCGGAGAGGGAGGCGGGGGAGGGCACAUGGAUCUCCUCUACGUCUGUGGAGCAGGCCCGAGAGCGGAGCUACCAGCGCGCCCUGCUGCUGAGCCAGGACAAGGACACCGACGGAGAGGCCGAGGGCGGUGAGGGUCCUACCGUGAGAGACGCUCCUUCCCCCCCCGCUGCGCCCUGCUCCCCCGGUCGCCCCACCAGGGAGGACGAAGGUCCGGAGGGCCCCCCGCUGACCCCCACCAGGCGGGCCUCCUCGCCGGGCCCCUACCCGGGCGCCAAGCCCCCCCCACAGGGCUCGCCCUUCCGCGGCCAAAGGGGGCUCUUCUCCACGCAGCCGCCCCAAGCCCCGCCCCCGCAGACGCAGUCGGGCCCCGCCCCCUUCGCCCAGUACACCUCCCAGGGGACCCCUCCCCCGCCGCCCCCUCCUCCUCCUCCGCCCCCCGGGCCCCCCACCGCGGCCCCUAGCCCCUACUUCGCCGGCCAGCCCUCGGGGCCGGCGGCGGCGCCGGGGCCCUUCCCCGGGUACCCCCCCGGCCCACAGACCCCCCUGCUGCAGACUCUGCCCCACGCCCUGCACUACCCCCCCCCCACCCUGCUGCACGUCAACAUGCAGCCCCCCCCCUCCCUGGCGCAGCACCAGCUCAUGCUGACGUCGGCCCCCCCGCCCCCUCCCCCGCCGCAGGCCCCCGGGGCCCAGCAGCACCCCCCCACCGCGGGGGGGGGCGCCCUCCUCUCCCUCACCCCUCCCCCUCCGCCCCCUCCUCCCCCCGCCCCCUCGUCCGCCGCCCCCAUGCAGGCUCCGCCUCCGCACCACUUCCACACCCUGGCCGGCUUCCCCGGGGCCCCGCCCCCCCACCAGCAGACAGGACUGCCCCCCCCGCCGCCGCCCCCUCCCCCUCCCCAACAGACUGCGCCGGGCCAGGUCCCGCCCCCCCGCGGGGGCCCCGCCUCCGCCGGACCCUUCCACAGCCCUGGUUACCUGGGCGGCGGCUGGCACUGACCGCCCGGCCCCCGGCCCCUAGGACUCUGACAGAGAGGGGCCCCUUUGUGUAACAUAAGCUGUAAGAUAUGUUUUGUACGUGUCAACACAUGGGACGAGGGACCCGGCCCGGGACGUCUAGAGACCUGAGGAGACGGACGGGGACGUCAGACAAGACGUCAGUCAGACAGACGUCAGACAGACAGACGUCAGACAGACGUCAGUCAGACAGGCCGCGCGUCUUUUAAAAGAAUCAAGAAAAAAGAAACCAAGAUGAGCGAGGAGGCAGGACUGGACGGCCUCCUCGCCGCCUCUUCAUUUUUAUAGCCCCCCCCCUGUGUCUAGUUGGACUCCUGUUGUAAGGCACUUUCUAUUUACCAGUGGACAUUCCAGCCUACCCCCCCCCCCCCCCCCCCUCUAGCUAGUCACCUCUCUUCCGUCUGUCGCCUGCUCCCCACACAGAGUUAUUUUAUUAUUCCUUCACCUGGCUACAGGUCGCUCCGGCACACAUUCAGCCAGCCGCCGAGAGAGUGAGAGUGUGUCUUUUCAUCUUUGUGUGUGUGUGCAGGACUUUCUUGUCCUUGUCUUUACGUGUGUGUGUGUGUGGAGGGUGUGUGUGGAGAGUGUGUUUCUUGACGUCUUGUAGUGUGUGUGCGCAUGUGCGUGUGCAGACGAGUGCUGUACCUCUAAGGUAUCCGGGCGGUCUCACCAUAGCUACGGCGUUUAGCGGUUUAUUUUUCAAUAUGGAGGUUCUUUGUAGAAAGUGUAUUUAAUGUAUAGGUUCUCCCAGGAACACGUGUAUAUAUCUGCUUCCUGUCUUUUCUAUGCUUGUACAUCGCGUUGCCACGCCCCGCCCCCAUUUUUUGAAUAUUGUUGUAAAUACAAAAACGCUCUGUUGGCAAAGCUGAAUGUUUCCGUGACUGUAGCAUUUUAUUUUCUCUUCGACUUUGUCAUUAUUUUGUAUUAUUAUUAUUAUUAUUAUUUGUGUGUGAGUGUAUGUUUGUGUGGAGGGCAGAGACUCACAGACACUGCACUGGUUGGCUGUUUUCAUUGUCCAUUAUAAUAAAUCACUUUAAUGACAGUUUUCUACCA